AGCGGGGCUAACGGGACCGUUCCCGGUGUGACAGCCGGCUGUGGCGGGCAGCCCCGUGGGGCUCAGGCCGGUCCCGGUGUGACGGAGUCGGAUCCCCACGCUGCCCGGCCCUCACGGGGUGUCCCGGGGCCGGGGCUGAGCGCUCCGGGAGAACACUGCAGUCCCGCCGCUCCCGUGGCGCUCUGGUUGGCAUAUUGAGGGCAAACCCUCCUGGACGGGUUGUGCAGCCCUGGCAGCGCUGCCCGGGGGUUCCCGGUGCCGCUGGAUGUGACCCCCGGGCACACGGCCCGGGGCGGCCCCGGCAGCGCUGGCAGCGCCCGGGCUCGGGGAUUUACCCGGUACAGCCCCGCUGGGGCCAUGGGGGAGCCGCGGCUGAGCCGAGCUCAGGCAGACCGAGCUCAGGCAAACGCUGCGGGCCGAGCCGAGCUGUGCUGAGCUGAGCUGAGCUGAGCCAGGCCCAGCCAUGGCCAGGACAGGAGCCGAGCCGAGCCGCGCUGAGCUAAACCGAGCCACGCUAAAUUAAACCGAGCCGAGCCACGCUGAGCCGUGCCAAAUCGAGCCACGCUGAGCUGAGCCGAGCCGAGCCAAACCAUGCCGAGCUGAGCUGAGCUGUGCCAAAGCAGCCGAGCCGCGCCGUGCCAGGCUGAGCCCGGCUAAGCCGAGCCCAGCUAAGCCGAGCCCAGGCGCGGCGGUUCCUGCGGAGCUGUCCAGCCCUUGCAGCCCUUCCCCGCGCUCCAUCCCGCAGCCCGAGCCCGCCAUGCGGGAGCGAUGAGCGCAGCCGCCGCCCGGCCAUGGAGGAGGAUUUGUUCCAGCUGAAGCAGCUGCCGGUGGUGAAGUUCCGCCGCACGGGGGAGAGCUCGAGGUCAGAGGAGGAUGGAAUUUCGGGAGAGCACGAGGUGCAGAUCGAGGGGGUGAGGACAGAGCUGGAGCCCGUGGAGCUGGAGGAUGGAGCUGCGGUGCCCAAGGAAUUCGCCAACCCCACGGAUGAUACUUUCAUGGUGGAGGAUGCAGUGGAAGCCAUUGGAUUUGGGAAGUUCCAGUGGAAGCUCUCUGUCAUUACUGGAUUGGCAUGGAUGGCAGAUGCCAUGGAAAUGAUGAUUUUAAGUAUCCUUGCUCCUCAGCUGCACUGUGAGUGGCGCUUACCCAGCUGGCAGGUUGCAUUGCUCACCUCGGUGGUGUUUGUGGGAAUGAUGUCCAGCUCCACCCUCUGGGGAAACAUUUCAGACCAGUAUGGGAGGAAAACAGGCCUGAAGAUCAGCGUGUUGUGGACACUCUACUAUGGGAUCCUCAGUGGAUUUGCUCCCAUUUACAGCUGGAUCCUGGUGCUGAGGGGCCUGGUGGGCUUUGGGAUUGGAGGAGUGCCUCAGUCGGUAACUUUAUAUGCUGAGUUCCUUCCAAUGAAAGCCAGAGCAAAAUGCAUUUUAUUAAUAGAGGUGUUCUGGGCCCUUGGGACAGUGUUUGAAGUGCUCCUGGCAGUGGUGGUGAUGCCCACGCUCGGCUGGCGCUGGCUCCUCAUCCUCUCUGCCCUCCCACUCCUGCUCUUUGCUGGCCUGUGUUUUUGGCUGCCAGAAAGUGCCAGGUAUGAUGUGUUAUCUGGGAAUCAGGAGAAGGCUCUGGCCACUUUGAAGAGGAUUGCCACAGAAAAUGGAGCUCCAAUGCCCUUGGGAAAACUGGUGGUUUCCAGGCAGGAGGACCGGGGCAAAAUGAGGGAUCUUUUCACCCCCCACUUCCGCUGGACCACGUUGUUGCUCUGGUUUAUUUGGUUUUCCAAUGCUUUUUCAUAUUAUGGGUUAGUUUUAUUAACUACAGAGCUCUUCCAAGCAGGAGAUGUUUGCAGCAUAUCCAGCAGAAGGCAGGAAGUAAAAGCCAAGUGCAGCCUGACCUGUGAGUACCUGACAGAGGAAGAUUACACUGACCUGCUCUGGACAACCUUGUCAGAAUUCCCUGGUGUGUUGGUGACCUUGUGGAUCAUCGACCGCAUCGGCCGCAAGAAAACCAUGGCCCUGUCCUUCCUUGUCUUCUCCUUCUGCAGCCUCCUGCUCUUUCUCUGUGUUGGAAGAAAUGUUCUUACUGUGCUGCUCUUCAUUGCAAGAGCUUUUAUUUCAGGAGGAUUUCAGGCUGCCUAUGUUUACACUCCUGAGGUUUAUCCCACAGCCACACGUGCUUUGGGCCUGGGAACGUGCAGUGGAAUGGCCAGAGUGGGAGCCCUCAUAACCCCGUUCAUUGCACAGGUGAUGUUGGAAUCUUCAGUCUAUCUGACUCUGCUGGUUUACAGUGGCUGCUGCCUGCUGGCUGCCCUGGCCUCCUGCUUCCUGCCCAUCGAGACCAAGGGCCGUGGCCUGCAGGAGUCCAGCCACAAGGAAUGGGGCCAGGAGAUGGUGGGCAGAGGAUCUCAUUCCCCAGGGGAAUCACAGGAAUGAUGGGACAUGGAAACCUGCUGGAAGAAUGAAGGAUAGGAGCAAGAUGUCUCACAAAACCUCCUAAGCCUGAAGCAUGGAAAGCUGACCACCAUCACUGCCAUCCUCACGUGUCAAACUGCAGGAGUUUGGGGUUGAACCUCAGCAAAUUGUGUUUUCUGCUGCUCUUUGCUCACACUCAUAAAAACUUUUUUGGAUGGAGAGGCUUUUGAUCCAGAUAUCCUUGGAAGUUUAGCAGGAGGGGUUUCUCUACAGUCUGUCGUGCUUGCAUGGUCAGCUCUUCAGCUUAAAACGUCCUGUGCCAAGCAAAUCCAAGUGACUGCAGCCCAGCAUAAGCUGUCAUUAAAACACUGAGCUCUUGAUGCCUAAAACCAAGAGGUUCAUCUUCAGUGUGGCCCUGGCCUGGCACAGGGUGGAUUCCAUCCCUACCACUAUGGAUUAAAUGCCUGCCUUGCACUUUUAGCCAUCAAAACCAUCACCAAAAUGUGAUUCUGUCAAACCAACCCAGGCUUUCCAGUUGGGUUUUGUUUCUGGAGAGUGGAUUGCUUGGAAUUUGAUUCCUGACUGUUUCUCCCAUGCCAGGUGGGUAGUUGGAGCAGGGAGGGUGGUGUUGCUGCAGAGCUGGGACCUUGUAGCAGAAAUGUAAAUCACAGAAUCAUUAAGGUUGGAAAAGACCUCCAAGCUCAUCGAGUCCAAUGCAUAAAUCCUCAUGUUUUGGAGCAGAAUUGGACUUCUC